GGCGGCAGCGCGGGCUCCGGACGGGGACAGGGAGCGGGAGCGGCGGCAGGGACGUGGCCCAGGGCGGCAGCGAGGCAUGGGUUGCGUGAGGUCAAAGGAAGCUGGUGCCCAAGAGAAGAUAAAAACUGCUCCUGACCCUGAUCCUGGCCCCACCAUCCAGCAGGGCCACUAUGUGAGGGACCCCACAGCCACCAACAAGAGGAACAAUAGUGUCCCCAGCACGGCUGUGCCCCUGCCCGAGGAUGGCCUGGGGGACAGCCUGGUGCUGGCACUCUAUGACUACGAGGCCAUCAACGCUGGGGACCUCAGCUUCCAGAAGGGCGAGCGGAUGAAGGUCCUGGAGAAGUCAGGGGAAUGGUGGCAAGCACGCUCGCUGGUGACAGGACGUGAAGGCUUCAUCCCCAGCAACUACGUUGCCCAAGACAACUCGCUGGAGACAGAGGAGUGGUUUUUCAGGAACAUCAGCAGGAAGGACGCGGAGCGGCAGCUCCUUGGCCCAGGGAACAUGAUUGGCUCCUUCAUGAUAAGGGACAGCGAGACAACAAAAGGCUCCUACUCGCUCUCGGUGCGGGACGGGGACGAGCUGCGGGGCGGGGCAGUGAAGCAUUACAAGAUCCGCACUCUGGACGGCGGCGGCUUCUACAUCUCCCCACGAAACAACUUCAGCACGCUGCAGGAGCUGGUCCAGCACUACAAGGGUCAGAGCGAUGGGCUGUGCCAGAAGCUCACCCACCCCUGCCGUGUACCCAAACCACAGAAGCCCUGGGAGAAAGAUGCCUGGGAGAUCCCUCGGGAGUCCCUGAGCCUGGAGAGGAAGCUGGGAGCUGGGCAGUUUGGAGAAGUGUGGAUGGCUACCUACAACAAGCACACCAAGGUGGCAGUGAAGACCAUGAAGCCGGGCAGCAUGUCCGUGGAAGCCUUCCUGCAGGAGGCAAACCUGAUGAAGACGCUGCAGCACGACAAGCUGGUGAAGCUGCAUGCAGUGGUCACCAGGGAGGAGCCCAUCUUCAUCAUCACCGAAUUCAUGGAGAAAGGGAGCUUGCUGGAUUUCCUGAAGAGCAAUGAGGGGAACAAGCUGCCACUCCCAAAGCUGAUUGACUUCUCUGCCCAGAUUGCAGAAGGAAUGGCUUUUAUUGAGAAGAGGAACUACAUCCACAGGGACCUGAGAGCUGCCAACAUCCUGGUGUCAGCAGUGCUGGUGUGCAAGAUUGCAGACUUUGGGCUGGCCAGGGUGAUCGAGGACAGCGAGUACACGGCCCGGGAAGGUGCCAAGUUUCCCAUUAAAUGGACUGCACCAGAAGCCAUCAACUAUGGAUCUUUCACUAUAAAAUCAGAUGUCUGGUCCUUUGGGAUCCUCCUCACUGAGAUCAUUACCUAUGGACGCAUCCCCUACCCAGGGAUGUCCAGCGUGGAGGUGAUCAGGGCGCUGGAGCGCGGGUACCGCAUGCCCCGCACGGAGAACUGCCCCGAGGAGCUCUACGACAUCAUGAUGAGGUGCUGGAAGACCAGGCCCGAGGAUCGCCCCACUUUUGAGUACAUACAAAGCGUUCUGGAGGAUUUCUUCACUGCCACAGAGAGCCAGUACCAGCAGGAGCCCUAGCACGGGACGCUGCCAGCUCUUCCCUGUCUCACCCGUGCCCUGCUUGCCCUGCCAGCCUGGCCCAGGAGCCACAGCCCUGCUGGAGGGGCUGGGAUGGGGGCAGCACACCAUGGAGGGACAAGAGACGUGCCCACAGCUUGUGCCUUUCCCAGGGGCCUCAGUGUCCACACGGCAGCGGCUCCAGGAAGGGCUGGCUGCACCCUGGAUGCCCAGGAGGAUGGACAGGGAGGGGGCCAGGCCUGCUUUUGCUGCAAGGAAAGACCCAGAUCGGUAUUUUUAAAAUAGUUCUGAGAUUUUUAUCACGUCGUUCUGCACAAGUAGGUGCCUUAGCUGCUGGCCAUGGUGCCUGUGCUCCCUGUGUGAUUGCUCCCAGGGGAUGCCCCGGGGCACGCUGCAGUGCAGCCAUGGGCUCAUCCUCAGCACAGGAUCCUGGGGUUUGGCUGUCACAGACACCUGCCCUCCUCUCUCCCUCCUGGUUUUCCCUCCCCGGUGUUUUCAUGGCAGGCCCUGUGCAGAGGGCAGGUGUGGUGAGGCUGUGCCAGGGGCAGAUGGACACAGACAGGGCUUUUCCAGGAUCCCCCUGCACCUGCCUUGGGAGGAGCCGCUGGAGCCCAAAGCCAUGGCAAAGCUUACAGGCACCAUUCGUUGUCUGCUGGGGCAUUUGCAGUGUCAGCAAGGGCCAGGUGCUCCCUGCACACACACUUGAUGUUUAUUUUUAGUAUUUCAUGAGGUUAUUUGGGGAAAAGGAGUAAACAGUAUUUUUUUUUUAAGACAGCCGUGUACCUCUUACAGCAGGGAGACUGGUGCCUGUGAUUAUAUUUUUGAUACCGAGAGGCAAACGCCAUCGCUUCUGCUUUGGGAUCUUUUUUUUUUUUUUGAAAUCAAUAAAAUAUUUAUCAACCUUUCCUCUCCUGGCCGUUCCUGCUGCUCCGCAUCCCGGGCGGGGGAGACGCGGAUGAGCUGGGGCCAGCAGCGCCCCGCGGAGCGGGGGCUCCAGAGCCGGGCAGACCCGCAGCGCCCUCUGAGCAGGCCUGGGGCUCGGAGGAGCCGGGAGGGACCGGCAGGACCCGGGAGGGACCGGGAGGGACCGGGAGGGACCGGGAGGUUCGGGACGCCCCGGGCACCUCCCGGCCCCGCCGCCCUCACCAAACAUGGCGGCCGCAGCGUCGCGCCCGCUCGCCAUGCAAAGCCCGCUGCCCUCAGCAAAGAUGGCGGCGCGGACCGCCCCUUCCCCGGCCGGCUUCACGGGGCCGGUGACCCGCUGGGGACCGGAGCGAAGAUCCCAGCCCCGGCCCGCCCGU